AUGUUCCUUUACACUCAAGUUGAUGCCAUAUGGUGUAAAGUCUUUCCCUCAACUUUGACGGGAAUAGCUCAGACAUGGUUCAAAAGCCUCAAGCCAGGUAGUGUCUCUAGUUUUUCUCAGUUGUCAUCCAUGUUCAGUACGCACUUUGUAAGCAAUAGGCGCCGUGAGCGCACCACUGGGGAAUUGUUGUCGGUCAAACAAGGCGAAAAUAAGAGCCUGAGGGACUAUAUCGGCCGCUUCAAUGUCGAGGCAGUUUCAAUACCUCGACUACAGCAAGAUGUGGCCGUCUUGGCUCUGAUGACGGGACUCAAGGAGGGAUCACCCUUCCGAAAUUAUUUGGGUCGAAAAUCGUACACAUCUCUGGGUCCCGUCCUUGGCAAGGCCAAUGACUCUAUAAGAGGGGAAGAGUUUGACAAGGUUGUAGGCAACCGGGAGUCAGGAAAGAAGGAUGAUAAGCAGAAGAAGGAGAAAGCCCGUGAGGCUGAUCGAGGCCGUGAGGAAAGAAAGCAGGAGUCAAACAUGGUCAAAAGAGGAAAUGACCGAGACAGGGAGAAUGAAAGGUACGAUCGCGAUCGCAGAGAUCGUAAAAAAAGUGGUCGGGAAGGAGGUGAACGCAAGGAUAGGUUCGAUGCAUACACCCAACUCACCACUUCAAGAAGUCAAAUUUUUCUGAUGAAUAAGGACAGUGAUAAGUGGCAACGUCCGAGACAGAUGUUCCAUAAAAACCGUGACAAAAGUAAGUGGUGUGAUUUCCAUGGGGAUCACGGCCACCUAACGGUGCGAAAGCAAGCCUGA